AUGUACAUCCCGUCAAUUCCUUUAGAAAUAGAUGAUAAUCCACAGAUCGUCAUGAUUAUUAUGGCCGGGACAGUUCUAAUCGUAUUAGUGGCCGUUUCAAUUUAUUUGGUUAAAACACGACAAGUUAAGCUUAAUUGGUACGAUGAUAAUAUAUUGGAUAUGGGGCAAGCUCCUCAACAUGUACGAUGCAAGGCUUUCAAUCGUACAGACACUGAAGACGAUAAUCGAAGCGUCGAUGGACGACAAUUCCACUCCAAAGUUGUUCGUAAACAAAGCCGAAUUAUGCCGGUUUCAGCUGGUUUAACGGCAGCUCCUCCUUCCGGAGACUUUUUUACAAUACCUCGCAUGAAUAAAAAUAGUCGUAGUAUGUUUACAAACAUUAAUCACAAAGAAUUUGAUCGUGGAUUAUAUCAAUGCCAAGCUCCUGACGAAUCUGUGUGUAGUGAGGAAAUGGGAGCAGCUGGUUCCAUGCAACUGAGCUUAAGUUUAGAUGCUAAUCUCGGCAUUUUGACAGUAUUACUAAAACAAGCAAUAGAUUUGCCAUCUAAGCGACAGGACGAUAGUCCGAAUCCUUAUUUCCGGGUUGCUCUGGAUGUGCCAGAAGGCCAGAAAAUGGAAUAUCAAACAAAGACAUAUAAGGAGACAGCAUGUCCUACGAUCGAUGAAGAAUAUUGCUUCCAGAUACCAGCAGCACAAAUUGCAUCCUGUAGAUUAGAAAUUAUGGUCUACGACUAUGACCAAUUUAGUGUUGAUGAGUGUGUUGGUUAUUGUUGGCUCACAUUGGGUCGUCUGAGUGUUUCUCUAAGAAAGGAUAAUCCUACUGUUUUCUGGGCAGAAGUCUUACCUUAUGAUGAGAAUGGCGGAAAAGGAUUCGGAGAAAUCUUGUUUUCCUUAUCAUAUCUGUCUCAUGCCCAACGUUUGACGAUGAAUGUAUUCAAAGCUCGUAAUCUCUCUUGUCGGCCAGAAACAAAUGGAGCUGUGUCGAUGAGAGUAACCUUGGUGGGAACAAACGAGAAGAAAUUGAAGCGAAAGAAAACCUCUUCGAAGAGAAACGUCAGAAACUUACAAUUUAACGAAUCUCUCACUUUCAAUGUUCCAAAACACUCACUUUGUGAUAUUGUGCUAGAAGUUGAGGCCAUGCAUGAGACUGGAACAUUUGGAAUGACAACAGAAUCAGUUGGUCGAAUGACUUUGCCACUGCAUAGAUGCAAAGAUCUCUGGAGAGCAAUAAUACGUGAAGAAAAAUCACAAGCAAGAUGGUACUCGUUGGAAGAACCAUAA